AUGGCCACCGACCAGGAGCCCUCAUUCACUGUCAAGAUGGCCCAACUGAUGCUGCUCUCCACUUACUGGGGAAUGCAAAUUUGGGUCACCUUCAUUUCAAGUUUUGUGAUGGACAACCACCUGAACAGACACACGUACGGCUUUAUUCAGAGCCGCCUGGUCCCGUUUUAUCUUCACCUGGGUUCUGCCUGUGCCUUCUUCAACCUCACGAUUUACGCCGUGUACCAUCCUAGCGACAUGCUGGACGAGCGAGAGGCCUUCCAGAUUUUCAUCUUCUUCGUCUCGGUAACAGUGGCGGCCGUCAACGCCCAGUGGUUCGGCCAGAUGACGUCAGAGAUCAUGGCAGACAUGCACCUGGUGGAGCAAGCUUGCGGACUGGGACAAGACAUCGGCCUGUCGUCCAACCGUGAGGCCUACGCCAAAUUGCGCGAGACGGACGCCAAGUACCGCCACCUCAGCGGGCGACUGCGCCUCUACCGGCUGCUGUCGUCGCUGUGCAACGUAUGCUGCUUGGCCUGCAACUUCUGCAGCCUGAGUUACAUGGCCGAAAACCUCAGCACGCUGUGA